AAUGUUUUACCUACUCGUUUGCAUCCUCUCUUCAAAAAAAACUUGUUCCCAUCCGAUCUCAUCGUCCAUGAACGCGUUGAGAACGCAAUUUUAAUUUCUACUUGGAAUUUAAAUCUCGAGCGCUGUAGCGUCACGUGACAUCAACGCGUGCGCAUAUCGUCCCGGUUCGUAUCGUUUGUUUAUUUCACGAUCGUCACACAGUCGUCGUAUUCGAUGUGACAGUUUUUCCAACCUCUGUACAAGUCGGUUUGAUUUUUGGUUUUGCAAUUGCUUACAGACAACCGGAACACUUCACUUAUAUGCUAUUCUGAAAAUUCAUUUUAUUCAGUCUGAAAGAACGAAUGUGUAGAUCAUCUUUCUAUAAUUUUAAGCAGACUCUGAACUACUGAUUUUGAAACGUCACUUGAGGAAUUUUGCUGCUGCGUGUUGCAAAUUCACACAAGACUGAUAUUUUCAUCAUAACAAGUCUUUCCUGUGAGGUGUGAAUAUACAAGCCAAUGUGUAAUCUUCCGAAUCACUGAUUUAAACGAGUUCGUCAGUACACCAUGUCGCCAGAUCCCACACAAGAACCUAUUCAAGAGAAUCUAUCAGUAUCCAAUGUAUCCUUAGAUGCGAGUGUAAUAAAUGAUGAGGAAACCAGUGACGAUGAGAACAUAGGAAUCACAGGUUAUCAGCCGUUAUCACAAGUACCUACAGAUGCCGAUCCUUUGCUGGACAAUGAAGAGAAUGAAGAAUGGUUAUCCAGAUUUGAUGAAGAAUCUAUUCGACCAUCAUCCGAUCCAAUAGUGGAGACUCAAAAUUGUCCUUCAGAGAUACAGCAAGUCUGGUCAUGUUCGAGCAAUCGCUCUGAUAUUGACCUAGAUGCGACUAAAAUCAAAGAAGUAAAAUCCGUUAUGGCGUCCAUCAAGCUUCCUGAAACUUCCAUUCCACAAUGGGCAAAUACAAUCUCAGAGGAUCAAUGGAAAGAGCAGCUUCUUGUUCGCAUUAGAGAGAUACAGAAUAAAAAUAGAGAUCAAGGUGCAAUGUAGUUUGUAAUUAUAUAGCAAAUGUGAUCUUUAUAAGAAGACAAUUUACAUAUAUGGAAUAUUUGAAAUAAUUUAUCAUACUAUAAAAAAGUACAGAUACGACGCUGAGAUGUUCAGUUGUUACUGUGUCAAAUGUUUUUAACCCUUUGCAUGCCUGGCAACAAAUAAUUUCAUGUUAUGAUGAAAUCUGUGAGACUUUACAAAAAAGUCGAUUUUUAACGGAUAGAUUAAAAAUAUCAAUUAAUUUGAUUAUUUAUGAAUAAUACUUAGAUUUGUUGAUUAAAAAAAA